AAUCUGGCUGUUGAUCAAAGAGGUUGAAGUUAUUUUAAAACUUGCCUUCUUGCUCCAGUGACUGGUGCCAGAAAUACAGCUCAUGGGAUCAGUCAUCAGUGAAUCACCAAAAUAACCACAGGUUACAACAAUUUCUGUCAGUGUACCUACUAUAUAUGACAAAUGAAACAGUAGUUUUAUGCUUUUUUGUCUAAAACUGCAGUGAUUUGAACUGCUUUGAUCUAAUAGAACAAAACCAUAGUGCAUGUUUUCUGUUUUUCUUUUUUUGCUACAGAAAACAAAAACAAUACAAUAUUCAGUAACUAUGUUUUUCCUUUUUUUCUUCUUACAGCCAAAAAGUAAGAUAGUAUCUUUGAGCUAUAAAAAGCCUAUGGCCAGCCCUCAUUACUCAAAUCAGCUUAUCUUCUUACAAGUAGGUGAGUUUUAUUUGCUUUAGCAUGACAUACGCGCAGGCUCAGAGGUUCCCUGAAAGCCAAACUAAUCCUCUCAGCUGCUUGUCCUUUGUGAGGUACAGAAGGAUGUUUUGCACAGGAAGCUACUGGGAAAUUGUUUAAAAAUGACCAUCAUCUAUGGAUUUUUUAUUGUUUAUCUAUAACUGGAGGAAACCGUUGGACCUUUAAAAUGGAUUUAUAUUUGUUUUGUUUGACGUGCUUUCCAGUGGAUAAGGAUUUUCUCAAACUCAACAGCCAUCUGGAAAUAACGGAUACAGCAGGUGCAUGAGGAUCUGGGUUGCUUUCGUUUACUCUCAUAACUCUCCAUUCUGCUGCACUGGUGUUCAAUAACACCAGUUGGAAUUGUUUUUUUUCUAGCAAAAGGGGCAAACAUGGGUUGUGCGCCAUCAAAAGGGAACAAUUUUGGCAAUUUGACUGUAAUGAGAAAGGGGAGAAUGCUACCACCGGUACCUCAAGAGGCCCCAGCAGAUCUCCAAUUUGAAGAUAAAGACACACAUAAUUCAACUGGAUCAAAAAAUAAGAAUAUAAAAGAGAGAAAAGGCGCCGGGGGUUUCCAGGUAUCUCAGAUAGAGGCACAAAUGACUCCCCAAAGAAAGAUACAAGGAGCUGAACUGGAAAAUGCAGAUUCUGUGAACAUGAAUAAGUCUGAAAGUCAAACAAUGGAAAAAAACACAGCUUCAUUAAAAAGGGAGAAACAUACUGAAAAGGAGGAUUUAGCAGACAAAAAGUCUGGCAAAAAAACAAAGAAAAAUGCCAAAUGUGCAAAAGCUCCAAAAAGAAAAGAUAAAGACAAAGACAAAAUGUAUGCAAAUCAAAAAGUUGACUUUCCAGAACCUUUAGUAAAAGCUCACCAAGCCGCUUAUGCCUUUUUGAAUCCAAGCAUACAGAAAUAUGACAUUGUUCUUGGACUUCUGGAACAAGCCACCCAGACUCAAGUUUCCAUUCAGCCAAUGGUGGCCUUCAUGGCUUUACGCUAUGAGGAAAUAAUUCAGGGACUUGAAGAGAUUGCAGAUGAAGGAGAAAAAGUCUUUAAAGAAUAUGGAGAGCAACUUGCUUGGCCAACACAAAUGAAAAACCUCUCAUCCUCCUCUCUUUUAAAGUCUGGCUCUGUAAGCUCACAACCCCCACCAGACCUGCUGCAGCAGCUGCUCCAGUACACCACACAGAGAAUGAGAAACGUGUGUCAGACUGUCAGUGGACUUGGAGACUCUGCUUUGGAAGAGGCAGUAGAGUACUUUACUUCAGUGUCAGACCUUCUAGAAGAGAAACUGAAAAUCAAGCGAGCAGCGGAGGCUAGAUUAAUGCAAGUCUUAACUCGUAUUGAAAUGGCUUCCCUGCGCAAGCCUGGGCCAGAAGAUUCUGCUCUGUUCAGUGAGGACAGCGGAAUUGGUGCAGAGAAUGAGUCCUUGGCUGGUUCUGAAAAACGGCAUAGACGAGGGAGCUGUGGGUCCACUGGAACAAAUCAAUCUACUGUCAGUUCUAUUGAGUAUACUGUGAGCACCGUAGGACUGCCAAGGCAAAAACGAUGUAAUCAAAUUAGUCCAAGUCUUUCCCUUGCCUCACUUAACUCGGUUGGUUCGGCAUGUACUUUAAUGCCCAAUGGCCAAGAAUAUUCAUUGCUUGGAUCAAUCUCCCUUGAUGAUGGGGAGGAGGAUGAAAAUGAAGAGGUGGACAGAGGAGUGGAAGAUGUUAAAGUAGCAUUUAGAAUGAAGUCCAAUUCUUCCCCUGUCCGGGGGGAAAACCAUCCAAGCCGCUUACCCGCAAAGCGCAUAGAAAACCCCCAAAAUGUAGACAUGACGCUUAAAAUGAAAAAUGCCAUAAGUGGAAGGAUACAGUUUGUUUCAAAACAAAACACUACUGCCAAAGAAAAAGUAGCGCGCAACCCUAAAGCAAGUGGCCAUGAGUGGACAGAUGAGGUACAAUCUCCAAAAAGGCCGCAGACAGCAGCUCUUGUUCGGAGAGCUGUUGUGAAAAAGAGGAGUACAACCAGAGAACAACGUUCUCGCUCAGCGGAAUCCCUUAGGAGCAAAGGAGAAGAUCCCACAUUGCUAGAAUUAGAGAGAACUCAAAAGAAUCUGAGCCAGAGAUUACAAAAGAUGAGUAAAACUAAGGUGGAAGGGAACUCAAAGAUUGGGCUAUGCAAACAAACUCAAGGAAACUCACCGGCUCAAUCUCCAGCAAUAAAUCGCAAGCUUCCUUCAGUAGGUAAGGACUGUGUUUCUCAGAAAUGUAACCAAAAAGCAAGCCCCCCAAACUGUCAGACCAAAAAGGAAAAGCUAGUUAAAACAGAAGUAGAAAAACAAACGAAAGAUGAGAAAGCUCCCAGGGUUCCCUAUAAAGCCACCCCACCACCUAGCCCUCCAUCAUCACCACGGACAUCAGGCUUCCACAGAGGAAGAAACUCGGUUAAAAAACUGAUUGACACAUUCAGCCAAGGAUUAGAAGAAGGUGAAGGUCCUAAAAGUCUUGGGCCUCUAAAAAGUAUACAGAGGUGUGGCGUUCCAGUCUUGCCAGGUUUAGGGAAUGUUGAAGCUGUACUCAGUUCUGGGUUAACCAGCUGUAGGCCUGAUCCUAUUGCAUCAGUGAAAACUGAUGAUUUAGAUGUAAAUAAUCUUCCUCCACCUCCACUGGAAGUAUUACUGGAUAAUUCUUUUGAAAAUGCCCAGAGCGGAUCAGCAGCAGGAGGAGACUGUGCUUCAAAGGUAGGGAAGUCACCUGUGUUAAAAAGGGCGGCAGUAUCACAAAGACUAAGAGCCUCAGUUCAGUCGGUGACAGUGCUACCAAGCAAGGGAGGCUUGCCGCAAUUAUCCAAUGUAAUUUCUCCUGAUAAAGUGAAUCGACAAGACUGUUCUGCUUCAUUGAAGAUCAAUCAACCAGAUGUACAGUCAGGGGAUGAUCAGCAGACGGAAACUAACUGCUUGCACCAGAAGGAAGCAAAGAUAAUACCUGUACAGCAACCUUUAAAUACAAAUUCGGAGAGAUUGCCGACAAAUUCUGCAACAAUGUCCAACAGUUUAGAAGAAUCAUCAGACACACAGCAUCUGAGCAAACUUUCAGAGUCUGGACCAAACACGGAUGCAUCUACAGUGCCUGUCUUUUCAGAAAAUACCAACCAACCAUUCACCCUCCCAACUGGCUCCAAGGGAAGAAUGUUACCUUCCACUCCUUCCACACCAAGCAGUUUACCAAGAAGAUUUCAGAGCAACAGCACUUUUAAAAGGCAACCAACACCGCCCUCACCAGCAAGCCCCACGUCUGACAGAACUUUUUCUACUCCAUCAUCUGCCCAGAGAAGGCUUCCCACCCCACCAACCUUGAAACAAAAUGCACUGAACUCUGUUACAACCCCAUCACACAGUUUUAAGGCCCCAUCUCCACCAGCAUCUCCAAGAGUGCAAAGACUGUCAAGGGAGAAUAGUAGUGAAGACUUGUCCAGUUUUCGGACAUUCAGUAAUGCGCGUUCCGUCUUCUGUCCCGUCUCUCCGUCCCUUUUUGAGGCUCAGCCUUGUUCAGUUCCCAAGCCGCCUCAAGCGUGGGCUUCAACCAGAGUCUCUUUCCUGUCAAAUAAAUGGGGUGGUCGGGGCAGGUUCCCUGUGUGUGUCCAAGGACCUCGACCCUUUGUCCGACGCACCCAGUCAGAUCGAAGACCAAGUCUAAGUGUGCCUCAGCGACCUGAAAGCAAAUCUGCAGCUGAGACAUUUGGAAGCGAGCCAUCUAUAUGUUCAAAAGGGUUAGAGGACGAGUCAACCACUGACAGUGAGUUGUGGGGUAGCCAAUCAGACCUCAGAGCAACUCCUCGCUCUGCGUCACAUCCAGACCUGUGUGUUGUUGGACAUGCCUUACACAGGGACUGAAGAGGGUCAGUGGGAUUACAGAUUACAAGGCCUUACUGAGGAUUUAAAUUGGCACUGUUUACUCCUUAGUUAAGAGAGCAUAAGAUAAUUCCAUCCUCUCUAUUGUGGUAGUGCACCGUCACAAACCUGAUGAAUCAUUUUCCAUUUCAAGUUUUUAGGUUAACUUUGGUAAAUGAAAUCAAUGUUUGCAUCUAAGACAUGGGCACUUAGUUAUGAAUUUGCUCUUGAGUUGAUGUUUACAAUAUGCAAUUAUCUUGUGAUAAUGUCUGUUACUGAAAAGUGGAUUCCUAUGCAAAUCUGUGUCACAAUGCAGAUGUACAAAAAAGUACUGGCAGCUAAGGACAUAAAGAAAAAGGUGUGUUCAAAGUGUUCUUUGUUAUUGAAAAAUAUAGGUGGAGUUAUUCCAACAAAUACCUUACAUACCAGCCAUAUCCAAACAGUGACAGAAAAAAACUUUGCUGUUUUUGAAAAUUCUUCUAAAUAUUUCUGUGAAUUUUUUUUCCAUUUAGAUUUUUUUUAAUGUUUUACUUUUGUGUUGUGAUUUCAGCAAGAUAAUACAUAUUUAAAAGAACACUGUAUGUUUUUUAUGUAGUUGUAACUAUAGCAUUAAGUUUUAUUAAGUUUUACAAAUUAAUGAAUAAAAAUGUAUCAAAAUAAA